CUCUCUCUAUUAUACCUUGCAGCUUCAGCACUCCUCUCUUCUGUUUCCUCCAUCCCCUCCCACUCUCUCUCUCUUUCUCUCUCUCUUACUCACUCUCACAGCCUCAGAGGCCGAGACCUCACUAGUCACUCCUCAGACCAGCUCACUUGCUCAGCGCGAAUAUCUCACCUACUCCCAUUGUUGUCGCUUCAAACCUCUACUGUCUUCAUCUUCUGUUUCACACACUGCAGCUAGCAGGGAAGUAUGAGCAGUAAGCAGGGGAACUUCAAGAAUCAGAUCUGCGUUCUCAGGGUGAACAUACACUGCGAUGGCUGCAAGAAGAAAGUCAGGAAACUGCUGCAAAAGAUCGAAGGUGUGGAUGCAACCAUGAUUGAUGCAGAUCUGGGGAAGGUGACGGUGGCCGGUUACGUGCACCCGAACACACUCAUCAAGAAGCUCGAGAAGUCAGGGAAGCAUGCUGAGCUGUGGGCAGCUCCGAGGAACAACACCUACGCCGUCCCUCAGAACCGCCCUAGGAACCAAUUCCCCGACCUGCAGUUCGACAGUCUCAGCAAGCCUCAGAAGGGUGGGAAAGGGCACCCCAAAGAUGUGAACAUGAAGCCGAAGUCUGUAAAGUUCCACUUGCCUGAGGAUGAGUUCGAUGGGAGCGACUGCGGUUUCAGCGAGUCCGAGGAUGAAGUAGACAAUGGUUUCGAGCUCGAUUUCGGGCGCCGUGCGCCUUCGAGGACGCCGACCAGGGGUGGCGGCGGUUACGGGCAGCAUGGGCAUAAGGACAAGAGGAAUGUGCCUGCCAAGAAGGCCAAGAGCGGCGGGAGAGCCAAGAAAGGCGGGAUUUUCGGUAUCCGGUUGCUCUUCUUCAGGGGCUUUGGCCGGAAAAAGAAAGCCAGCCAUGGCAGCGCCGGGAAGAAUGGCGGCAGCGGAGGUGGCCCCAAGGGCGGGUGCACGAAGCAGGGAGCCAUCGAGUUCAAAAGUGGAGGCAAAAAUGGCGGUUGGGUCGUGGAAAACGGUAAAAAUGGUAGCAAGGGAAUGACUGCAGUUAAAAAUGGCGGCAACAACUUCAAAGGCGGAGGCGGCGGAAACAACCAAACCAACGGCGGUAAAAACGGCAGAGGUGGAGCAAAGAAUAUGGACUUCCAAGAGAUUGAUUUUGGAAACCACCGGAAAGGCGGCAACGGCGGCGGUGGCGGAGGCGGCAACUACGGAGGUGGAGGUGGAGGCGGCGGCGGCGGCGGAGGAUUCGCUGGCCGGAUGGGACCCAUGGGUAAUUACCCUGUGGGCCAGAUGGGUAAUAAUUCAAUGGGUCCAAUGGGUCCCAUGGGUAAUUAUCCAAUGGGCCCAAUGAGCAAUAAUUCAUACGGCCCAAUGGGCCACUACCCUGCAGUGAGUCAAAUGGGCAGCGACCCUACCCGUCAAAUGGGCAAUCAUCAGGCCGUACAGGGGAUGCCAGCGGCAGCCCCAAUCAACGGUGGGUACUAUCAGGGGAUGGGGCCCAUGAACCAUCACCCGUACAUGGGGAUGAUGAUGAACCACCCGCACGCUCACGCGCAGAUGUAUCAACCGACGAUGUACGCGAGGCCGCAUCCCGUGACGGGUUACACGCCACACCGCGCUUCUGACGGGUACUCGAACAUGUUCAACGACGAGAACACUGAGAGCUGUAGUAUCAUGUAGUGCUUCUGGCCAGGAUCACAGUAGGACCCUAAGUUAGGUUUUUGUUUUGAUGUGAAUUACGUUUCUCAGUGACUCGGGUUAAUGUUGGAAGUAGAGUUUUCGGAAAUCGGUCCAUGCUUAUUAAUCGCCUAGAACUGAUGGAUUUCUCAUCCUAGGAUGUUCUUCGAGAUUGGCUCGGGUGGUGUAAUUAAUAAAGCUCGGUUAAUAAUGUUAACAUUAUGGAUUUUCCAUUGCCA